GAACGUGGCAGCCAUUUUACAUCAUCAACAGUGAAUGACUGAAGCCGGACAAGUGCCGGGAGUUUUACACUUUUUCUGUCUUUUAAAUAUCACAUUCAUCUUCCUCUAUAAUCAGCACUAUUCACCUUGGUGUGCCAGCGGAAGAUUUCUGGAGACAUGGCCACAGAGCAUAUUAAUGGAAAUGGUCCAGAAGAACCAAUGGACACCUCUGCUGCAGUUACCCAUUCUGAGCACUUCCAGACUUUAUUAGAAGCUGGUUUACCACAGAAAGUUGCUGAAAAACUAGAUGAAAUUUACAUAGCAGGUUUGGUUUCACACAGUGACUUAGACGACCGAGCGAUUGAGGCUCUAAAAGAAUUCAACGAGGAAGGUGCUCUCCAAGUCCUUUCACAAUUCAAGGACAGCGACCUCUCACAUGUUCAGAAUAAAAGUGCCUUUCUUUGUGGUGUGAUGAAGACGUACAGACAAAGAGAGAAACAGGGGACCAAAGUGUCAGACACCAGUAAAGGACCCGAUGAGGCCAAAAUCAAAGCUUUGCUGGAAAGAACUGGUUACACGCUUGAUGUGACAACAGGACAGAGGAAGUAUGGGGGUCCUCCACCAGAGUCUGCCCACUCAGGGGGUCAGCCCACCAUCGGCACAGAGAUAUUUGUGGGGAAAAUCCCUCGAGACCUCUUUGAGGAUGAGCUGGUUCCGCUGUUUGAGAGAGCCGGGCCCAUCUGGGACCUGCGCCUGAUGAUGGAUCCCCUCAGUGGCCUGAACAGAGGUUAUGCCUUUGUCACUUUCUGCUCUAAAGAAGCGGCGCAGCAGGCCGUCAAAUUGUGCAACAACAGUGAAAUUCGACCGGGUAAACACAUCGGCGUGUGCAUCUCUGUGGCCAAUAACAGACUGUUUGUUGGAUCCAUCCCCAAGAGCAAAACAAAAGAGCAGAUUAUUGAAGAGUUUUCAAAGGUUACAGAGGGUCUAAAUGAUGUCAUAUUGUAUCACCAGCCGGAUGACAAGAAGAAGAACCGCGGCUUUUGCUUUUUAGAGUACGAAGACCACAAGACGGCGGCUCAGGCUCGCCGCCGACUGAUGAGUGGAAAGGUGAAGGUGUGGGGGAACGUGGUCACCGUGGAAUGGGCCGAUCCCAUCGAGGACCCGGAUCCAGAGGUCAUGGCUAAGGUCAAGGUGCUGUUUGUGAGGAACUUGGCCAGCGCCGUUACAGAGGAGCUGCUGGAAAAGACCUUCAGUCAGUUUGGCAAACUGGAAAGGGUGAAAAAACUGAAAGACUAUGCCUUCAUCCACUUUGAGGAAAGAGACAGUGCUGUGAAGGCUUUAGGUGACCUCAACGGUAAAGACCUAGAGGGAGAGCACAUUGAGAUCGUCUUCGCCAAACCUCCUGACCAGAAGAGGAAAGAACGCAAAGCCCAGAGACAAGCUGCCAAAACGCAAAUGUAUGACGAAUACUAUUACUAUGGGCCCCCUCACAUGCCACCACCCACGAGAGGCCGAGGUAGAGGUGGGCGGGGCGGCUAUUCUUACCCUCACGACUUUUACGGCUAUGAAGACUAUUACGAUUUCUACGGUUAUGAUUACCACAACUACCGGGGGGGUUAUGAUGACCCAUACUAUGGCUACGAGGACUUCCAGGGGUCUGGGAGAGGACGGGGAGCCAGAGGAGUCCGCGGAGGUGCUAAUCAGACCAGAGGCCGCGGUGCUGUCACACCGAGGGGGCGGGUGGGCUUUUCCCAGAGAGGAACUCUCGGAGCAAUCAGAAGUAAACGGGGCCGAGGGCGAUCCUGACCUGUUACCGCGAAUACUGACUUGAUGUGUGGGGUUACACCAUAAGCUGCAAUGGAUGUUGAAAUGACGAGCGAGAUGAGAAGGUCCAAUGAUAUUCCAGCCUUACAGAAGACCCCUCCCCCUCCCCCAUUACUGUUUGUUUAUUUUCUAUUUCAUUUAAUAGCCCUCUUUUAUGUCCAGUUUAGAAAGAGCCACUUUAAUAUAGAACAAAAAAAGAUAAAGAUGGCCGGAUGAAUCGACUUACCCUCACUACAGCCUCUGUGCCCCGAGUGGCAGGGCUUUAUGAAAUGCCCUUACAAUCCACCCCCUCCCCUGUCCCCUGAACAUGCCAUUUAAAAAAAGAAAAAAAGAAAAUAAUUAUUGAAGAAAUUGCACUUUUUAAGUUCUUAGGUUUGAAGUGGCUCAAAUGAGCUUGAUGCUAUUGUAUAUUUUUGUGCUAAUCGCAAUUUUUAUUGUGGAAUAUCCAUGUUAUUCUGAAACGUUUGAUCUGGAUGUUGGAAAUACAACAUUUGCGGGGUUUUAGGGUGUACCCACCUGGCAUGGAUAAGUCAGGCAUUCCAGGAAAGUGGUUCUUUUCAGAACUUGUCUUUUAAAGGGUAAGUUGACUACCUCAGUACAGAGGACUAAACUACCCGGCCUGUACUGUAAAUAGGGAAACUUUAUUGAUAAAAGCAGGGCUUGUUUUUAUACAAAAUAUGCACAAGAGCUGCAGCGCAAAAAAAUACAAAAACAAACAAAAAUUAUGUACGUAAUGUAAUAUACUUCUUUUAGCUGCAGCUCUGGAGACUGCAAACAGUCGAGCUGGGCAUGCAAAACCUUCUCAUAUGAUGAGUCUGAACAAGCCCUGCUUUUAUCCCAUUCAACUGAAUUAGCCACCCUGCUUCUUCAGAGUAUGUAGUUACUGGUUGUAUAGUUUUUCUUUUUUUGGAAAAUGUUACGUCUUUGUAAAGGCUUAAACAUCACAGGCAUUCAACUGCCUUUGAUUAAAAAAAAACAGAAAAAACAACAAAAAUGAAGCCCUGCAGUGUCCCUUUUAUGCCACUGUGUUAUCUCAGUGGGUUUUGUUGUUGUUUUAAAAAAAAAACUUAUUUCAACCAGUUACAAUGAUUUGAACCAAUCUUCCAUCCUCAUCUGAAACGAUCCCUUACCAGCUUCCAUGAUUGUAGCCAUAUGAGAGGUUUCCCUGAAGGUUUACAGGACAACGGAGUUGCCAUAUUUCCCAGCGGGUGAAGCAGAUGUGCUGCAGUUGGGUGGAGGGUGUGGCUCCCACGGUGGCAGAAGGGGAUACUGCAGUGAAAUGAUUUGUAUUUCCAGGUAUCGCAUACAGGAAACUGCUCUUCAAUCCCAGUUUUCUAUACAGUUAACUCCCUCAAUAAGAACAUAACAACCACCUUUUGAAAAAAGGAAAAAAAAACAUGUUAGCAGUUUUAAACUAUUGUUGGUGGCCAACAACGUUUUUUGCAUUCCUGCAAAUAAAUUGUUUUAUACUGUAAAAUGGAGGUGAGUGUAACUUAUUUUUGUAAUAAAGUUUUUGAUUUUCCA